AUGAGCAGCCGCCCUUCUGUGGACGAACUUGUGGUUCAUUUUCGCGGUUUGAGAAUUUCAGUUUCGGACUCUGCCGCUGCUCCGGUGCCAGAUUCAUCCUCUUCUUCUCCGACCGGCUCCUUUACCUUGGUGGGGGCUCCGACUUCCAGCGCCCAGGCUUCUUCUGGACCCCUUGCUGGGGAAGCUCGACCGCUUCCCGAGGAGCUCGACGCCCCUUCGGCUGCUGAGGAUUUCCUGGAAGCGACUUCUCCGGCAGAGCUGGAGGGAUUGCGCCUGGGCCCUUUCUGCCGGCUGGGCCGAGGGCUGGGCCUUGUGGGAACCUGGACCCAGCGAGCUCGGAUAGCUCGCGCUUACCGUGCUGGCCUCUCAGCAGGUGCCAGGCUGCGAGGAGAACGGGACUGGAUUGUUUCCAGUCCGGCCCUGCCGCUGCGCAAUCGGAUCUACAUUGUGCUGCGCUGCGAAUCCCAGCCUGAGGGCUUUGCCUACUUGGGCGGAGCUGAGUCAGGAUGGCCGCGGGAGCUUGACCCACGGAGCGGAGCGCAGUUAUGUUUAUCCUGGUCUAGCGAAGCCAAAGGCGAAGCGCACUUGCAAGCACCGUGCAAGAGCCCUGCUGGGGCUCGGAUGGACUUCCGCCAGGCCCUUGAAGCGGGAUCUUCGGCUUCUGCUUCCAGUGACACUCAAGAAGCCAUUUCCCAACAUUUGUACGACCUUUCGCUGCAAGUUGCUUCUCUUGAACAGCAGUUGCGUGCUGUACGCGCAGAGCUCAGCGACAUCCAGCGCGAGCUCCGGGGCCUGGAAACUGAAAGGUACCAGCAUUCCCGCCGCCUGGGGUGGUUGGAAAGGCUUGUGCAGCGAUUGCAUCAGCUUCUUUUGCGGGGGAUGAGUGCUGAAGCUUUUUAUCCGGAUGAGGGGGCCGUCUCGCAGUCUGUUGAAUCAGGUCAGCAGGUCCCUCUGUCUGCCAUACCUGCCAGCCCAAUAUCUCCGAAUUCGGCUGUGUUUGAGGGCACACCUGAUCAGAGUCCCUUAGCGGCCUCCAUGAGCAACCCCGCCGAGGGCGAUGAUCUUACUGAGGAGCAGCUGGGGGGCCUGAUGUCUCGCGAGGACACACAACUUCCCCCUGACGACGACCCGACUGCAGACCGAUUGGAACAGCAGCUUGCAGGCUUCAUUGCCUACGGCGGCAGCGCAGGUGAUUGGCAUGCCAUGAACUCAGGUUUCAUUCUUGCAAGGCAUUCCCGUCAGGCGAUGCCGUGGGAAAGAGUGACGAGGCCCCGCUUGGGGCCCGGCUUCAUGUUCCAGGAGCCGUUGCUAGGUCGUUUCGACGGUCUUAGGAGGGCGGCGAUCCCCGCCCCUGCAGCAGGGCCGUGGGCAUGGGUGCCCAAAGGAACUUACGAGGCCAGGCGACUUCUCGCAGCCAGGUUUGCCAAAAGCGAUGACAUGCUUAGGCUUACCGCACUAAAGAAAAUUCGGCUCAUCGUGCUUUUCUUCCCGGAUGAUUCGGAGCUUGGAAGGAACCUCGUGGGUUCUGCAGGCUCCCUGGUGGAGGAAUCCAUGCUGACCUCGACCAUCGAGGACACUUUUUCAGGCAGAGCCGCCAGCACCCUUCUGAAGCGUGCCUCAGAUUUCUCAAGGUUUGCCAAGUGGAUCGUAGCUAACAAAGGGCGCCCGCUGGCGCCGUCCGAAGGCGAGUUGUAUGCUUACAUGCUUCACUUGCGACGGGAGAAAGCCGGAGCCACCGCCGGCGAGUCUUUUCUCAAGGCCUACAAGUUCUUUGUGCACUUGACCGGGGCAGAGACAGGCUCCAGGAUUUCCCCUCGUGUGCAGGGAGCAGCCAAGGCGAUGUCCCUGGCCAAACGGCCGCUCUGGCAAGCACCUCCCCUUCCGGUGGAGGCAGUGCGGCUCCUGGAAGAAUUGGUUCACGAGUCCGAGGAUUAUGCCAGGGCCAGCAUAGCAGGGUUCAUUCUUUUCUGCCUCUACUCCUCGGCUCGAUGGUCGGAUGCGGCUCGAGGGACUCACUUGAGCAUUGACGUGGCAGGUAACGGGCUUGUCCUUCUUGAGUGUUCGACAAAACAUUACAAGACGAAGGCCAAGGACCGAAAGGAUACCGUGCUGCCUUUGAUUGCACUGGGCAGUGGCUUAACUCAGCCCUCAUGGGGACGUGUCUGGAUGCGCAAGAGGGCCCUGGCAGGGCUACCAGACUGUGCCGUAAUCAUGCCGGCCAUGUCGCCGGGAGGGAACUUUCUAGGAAGGGCCAUGACGGCUGCGGAGGGUUCCUUGUGGCUUCGUGAGUUUUUGCACUUGCAGGGUUUCGCGGGGGAUCUUGAACAGUACAGCUCGCACAGCCUGAAAGCAACCGCCUUGUCCUGGACGGCCAAGAGCGGGACCAUGACCUACGAGGAGCGCCUUACCCAGGGGCAUCAUUGCAGUCCAAAGCACGGCAUGGCUCUCCUGUACUCGAGAGAUGCGCUUGCAGAAAUCAUAGUGAAGGUAGCCAAGGUCGUGAGUGCUGUGAGCAGGGGAGUGCUUAGUCCCGACCUCCCGCGAGCCGAGAGGGUCGCAAGAGCUCUGCAUGGCGAUCCAGCAGAUUUUGCACAUCUUCCUGAGACGACGGCUGAGGAUUUGCCGGCCGAAGAGCCUCAAGAUGAGAACAACUCCGAGGCUGGGUCUGACAUAACAAACCUCGACGGUCUCGAAGUGGACCUGGGGGCACCGGCCCCGGAGGAGGUCCGUCCUCGGCUUAGCUGCACGUUCUCGGGAGAGACCUACAUGCACGUCUUGAGUGGAGUGGUGCAUAAGUUGGUCAACCCCGGAAUUUUUAAGUGCGGCAGGAAGGUCACGGCGAACAUGCGUUUGAUGGGGCCUGAGGAGGCUCAGGAGAAUGUCUGCCAGCAGAUGUGCUCAGUUGAUCGUUUGCUGAUUUGCGACGUCGUGCCUAUGCCAUUUGAGAUGAAGGUGCUCGGGCCGAUUGAGAUCAGUUGGAGUGUUUCUUGCUUCGGAGCACAAAACCGGACUGAGAAGUGUCCGCAGUCUUUUGGCUGGGAGUUGCCAAACUGGGGCGAUCAUGAAAAAUACUAUUGGAACGCGACCGGCUGGGAUCGCCGGUUCCCGAAGGCCGCCUGUGAUCGGUGGCGAAGAAGUGUGAAUCCGAGACAAACGCGACCCACGGUUGACUUCGCCGUGGGUCUCAUGGCCGGACUUGAAUCGGUGCCCGCCUUCACCGACCGAGCGAAGCAGAUCGGCAUCAGCGAGGAUCUUCUGAACAAGCUCCUUGCUAAGAGCUUGGACACCUUCGGCAAGCUAGCUUUCGUGUGCUCGAGCAAACCUUCCAGCGGGGAUGACACUCCUCUCUUCGAAGCCCUGAAGACUCUGAUUGGGAGUGAGGUUCCAGUGGACCAACAUAUGGUGAUCAGGCGAUUGUGGUACGAGAGCCACGCCCACGCCCUGGUUGACUUGGAAUCGAGGGCUUCGAGAACAAGUGAUACGAGCCCCCGCGAGCUUCCGUUGGCAGAACGCCUAACACGCUUGAAACGCCAAAGGGGCGAGCUUAAAGGCCUCGAGAUGGAUAUCCACACAGAACCUGGACACGGCCUUGUGGACCGCGUCCAGGCCAUGCUCGAUUCUGCACAAGUGCUGCACAUCGCGCCGGAAAAGUGCAUUUCCCGCCAUGACGAGAUCCUGGGUGAGAAGACGGAGCAAAAGCUCUCUUUGGGAGCCGACGGGAACAUCAAGAUUACGAAGCAAGCCUCGAGUCUCCGGUGCGAGACUACCGGCGAGCUCAAGCUUCGCCGGUGCUUCCUGCGCCGGGCCUUAGCGUUCGAUCAAGUAGGGCUCGCCUCCUUCACUGCAAUGGAGUCUUGGCACAACCGCAUGUUCCAGGCUCUGCUUGAUGUGCCUCCGGAGGGUUAUCGCUACACUACCGUUCAGCAGCUGCUCGCAGCUGACCAGAAGCUUUGGCAGGUGGUGGCCCAGGAGAGCCGAGGUGACAUCGUCGUCGGAGUCGGAGCCCCGGCUCCUCUUGAUAAGCACAUAGCCGCUGCUGCAACCAAUCAGUUUGUGGUAUCCUGCCUGACACACCUUCCUAAGCCUGCCGAGAACCAGGCCCAACCGUGGAAGCCGAAUAAGGGACCCGACAAGGGCAAUCAGAAGGGAGAGAAGGGUACCAAGGGCAAAGGCCGCGGCAAAGGGAAGCAGAAUCACAGCCAAGGCCAGGCUGAUGCAUCCUCGCAACCGUCCCUGAAGGAGCUGCUGGAGUCGUUACCCGAGGGCUGCGUGCGGGCCAACGAUGAUGGCCGUUUCAUCUGCCCAUUUUACAACAAGGGGAUCUGUCGCUUCCAGAAACGCAAGUCGUGCCGCUUCGGAAAGCAUGUGUGCAACUUCAGGGGGCUUUUUGAUGCCUUGCCGCAUGAGCAGUGCGACCGAGACGCCCAAGGGUUUGUAGCCUCUUUGCUUGAUGGUGCCGUUUACACCAGUUUUGCCAUUUUUGAUCAGGUACGCACUCGGCCACACCGAGACAGUCAGAAUUCCUUUUCUCCGAAUUAUGUCAUUCCUUUGACCGUUUUCCAAGGGGGAGCUGUCAGGGUAAGCGAGCCAGGCCAGACUGUGGACUUGGAAGUGUCUCGCGGGCCCAUUAAAUUUUGUGCGCGAGGGUAUGAGCAUUGCACUCUGCCAGCCACCGGGCGCCGAGUUGUUUUGGUGCUUUUUGCUUUGCAGGCCGGAGAGCGAAUCUCCGGAGCCGACAAACAUGUCUUGCUUGAUUUGGGCUUCCCGUUGCCCAAUGCUUCGCAGUUGGCUUCAACUGAGGUCUGCUCGUCACUACAGCUUCCAGUGACUGAUCAGAUGCGUCGGAUUCUCCCCCUGAAAGAGCCAGCUCCGCCUGCCUCCGAGCAAAAAUCAUCUCCCUCGUCCGGGUCUUCGGAGUCCGACCAGGUUUCUUCGGAUCCCGGCGAUCCCAAAUCAGCGCCUUGUCCGGAUCCCCGUGCAGAUCAGCGAAGUGCCGCUUCCGCCUCGUGUGGGACCGUUGAGGGCUGCAACCCCCUGUCGAGUCAGGGCCCCUCUUCGGUCCUUCGUCCUCCCAUGCUGGCCGAUUGCCUUGCUGUCUCGGGAUCUUUAUCGGCCGCCGCCCUGCAGGCUGGUUGGGAUGCCUUGCCAUUGGGCCACAAACGUGGUGCCCCCGAGUGCUGUCCCCGAGUGCCGAUUGACCUCUCCGCGAAAGAUGAUCUGCAAACAUUGCUUGACUUUGAUCGCCAUACACUUGUCGACUGGUGGCAUUUCAAUCUGUUCAUGAAAUCUUGCAAUCAGGGGCGUGAUUCUCGAGGACGUGCGAGCCUUCGUGACGCCUCUCACUUGCUAGGGCGCGCCGGCCUCCCUGCCCGCGCCGAUUCGCUGGUGCAGCAUGAAAACAGUUUACUGCAAGCCGUGGUCGACCUGCUGUUCCGAGCUUAUGAGACUCGGGCCCUGGUCAGCUUGAUCGGGCCGGCCCGGAGUUGGGUUUGGAGCCUCUUAGCCCACUUUGUCAAGCAGAGGCAGCAUCAGGACUUUCUGCAAUGGUUCUUCGCUUUGGCCGAUCAGGAGCUUGAUACUUGCAUGUUCGGAACGGGUUUCAGUGAUGCCUCGCUGCCUGCUGAGCUGUGCCGGACCCUGUGUCGCUCCGCCACAGCGGUGCGAGCGGCAGCGGCCAACCAACCCACCUACAUGCCUCCCUUAGCCGCGGCUCUAGUGCGGGGGACAAUGAUGAGUGUGUAUUUUUCCAUGGAGGAGCACCUGCAUCGCGCAUGUGGGCUAACCUGCCCAGCUGACAACAGUGCUCGUUUGCCCGAUGCUGUUCGCCGCAACAUUUUUGCCAUACUCACGGAAGGCCCAGUGGCUGUGUCAAAGCGGCGGAUGCUUGAACUGAAAAAAUUGAAUGACCGGAUGGCGGUGCUGUCUGCCACUGAGAAAGAGCUUCGAGCCAAAAUGCAUCCGGAUGUGGAGCGAGUCACUAAGGGCAAGGCCCUAGCUUUGUUUCGCGAGCUUCUUGAGGAAACAGGCUUUCCCGACAUGUCAGUGGUUGACCUUCUUACCGACGGUGUGCCCUUAGUUGGUCAGGAAGCCGAGUCCCCUUUGUUUGCAAAGCGGCCGAAGCCCAUGGACCUUGGGCCAGAUCAGCUUAAAGCCCAGGCCCCACUGCGGCGGCGCGCAUUGCAGAAGAUGAAAGGACUUGUUUCCGAACAGGAUUACAAGGCGAUGAAAGAUGAGACUUCCGAGGAACUGGCAGCGGGUUUCCUCACGGGUCCAUACCACUCGGAGCAGGAAGUCAGCGACAUCUUGAAGACCGAUGCAUGGUCGCUCUCGCCUCGUUUCCUGUUGAGGCAGGGCGAAGAUACGGAUUACGCGGUCGGCCUCCUGAGGUUCCUUUCCCGUGUGCUGCAGGAUCGCUCCAAGGUCCGGGUCCCCUUGUCUGAUGGCACCGUGCUCGAGGGGAACUGGGAUCCCGAGAUGCUCCGCCAGCCCGCUCUGCUCGGCAAGACGUUGGACUUGAGUAAAGCCUAUCGCCAGGUGAGCAUCCAUCCUUCCACGAGGGAGCACGCUGUUCUUGGCUUCCCCGACCCGCAAGGCAAGUGGGAAUUUUACAUAGCCCAGAGCCUGCCUUUUGGAGCUGCUGCAAGCGUGUACGGGUUCAACAAAGUAGCACUUGCGAUUCUUCACAUCAUGGUUGUCAAGUUCGCUGCAAUCGCGACCGACUUUUACGACGACUACACUGUAUAUGAAUUUCGCCCAGCUGCAUUCCUGCUGGACAAGGUCCUGAUGAGGCUGCUGGACCUGCUAGGGUGGACCUACGCGAAGUCUGGGCGGAAGUUUGUGCCGUUUGACAACAAGGUGGUCUCCUUGGGUGUUUCUUUGGGCCUGGACGAGAUAUGGGGAGGCACUCUCAAGGUCGAGAACAAAGCGGGACGUCUUGAAAAGAUUGCAGAGCUCCUCCAAACAAUUGCCCAGGGGGGAGCUGUGACGAGAUCUGAUGUGGCCUCGCUGCACGGCUUGAUCAACUUCGCAGGUGGACUGAUUAUGGGCUUCGAGCUGAAGCCCACGUCGCGAAUGCUGUCCCGGGCCUUGUCGGGGCCUUUCCAAGGAAGUACACUCGAACUUCGACUGGCUUGUGCGUUAGCUCUGGAUGUCAUUGCGCAGUGCAGGCCAAAGCGGUGCCCGGCUACAAUUCUGCCGCCGAUUGUGCUCUACACUGAUGGAGCCUUCGAGAAGGGGCGAGGUACCUGGGGCGCGGUUCUUGUAGAUGCUUACACGGGCUCCCGAUGGGUUUUCGGGGGGGAAGUCUGCCAGCAGCUGAUGGGUCACUGGGGCAAGGAAGCUGGGGCCCAAGUGAUUUGUCAGGUUGAGGCCUAUGCUCUGGCAAUAACCUUGUUCGGGAUUCGCGGAGUGCUGAAAGGUCGCUCAGUCUUGGCAUGGAUUGACAACAACGCCUGCCUUUAUGGGUUCGUAAAGCGAUACUCCCCCUCGGCCUCCAUGAUGCGCCUCAUCUCCUUGGUGGCUUUGAUGGAGAGUUCCAUGGAGGCGCUUCUCUGGUUCGAGCGGGUCCCCUCUAAGAGUAACCCGGCGGACCUCCCAUCGCGGGGGCAGUUUGCAGAGGCUUGUGAGCGCUUUCGGGCCAUAAACAAAGGUGAUGUGGCAGCCACUGAUACGAUGAUGGACUUCGUUCGAAGUGCUGCAGUGAUCAUCGAUGCAUCCUCCGAUCGCGGGGUGGUUCGUCUUCUGACGGAUGCCCCUGCUGGACGGCCGCUGCCUUUGGUGUACCUGAUCGACGACGACAGUUCUCCCCAGACCCGAAUUACAGCCUUCUUGCUGAAGCACCGAGCCGGAGGAUUUAUGAUCGCGCUCCCUCGCACGACUCAGGUUCACGAGCUGGUCAGUGGCUUUUCCACCGAGGCGGGGGACAAUCCACUGGGCUUUACCGAGGUCGACAUCGAGUGCGAGACUCCGCGUCGCAGGCCUGUUGGGCCGGUGGCUUUGCUUUUCGUGGACGUGCCCUGGGACUGGCUGACCCAUUUCAGGAAGGGCUCCGCUUUGAGAUCCAGUGCUCUGGCUUUGAUUUCCAUACAAUCCGGCGGCGCUGUCGUGCGCCCCGUUGCCUCUGCUGCCCUUACUGCGGCCGAUGCUUGGAUCACUGCUGCAGCUGCCGAGCCGGAUCUGCAGGACUCCAUGGGAGAAUAUGUUGCAGCCUUGGAAAGAGCAGCUCAGAGCAAUCCUUUGCCUUUGGGUGGCCAGGCUCGUGCUUCAACCGCGGCCGGGCGGCGUGGUGCCCGCGACCUGUUUCCAGAAGCUGGUGGCGUGGGCUUGAGCGGUGCGGACCUGCAUCGGCUCCGUGCUGCGGCCGGGGGGCCACCGCCCAGGAUUGCUCAGCACGAGCGUGCGCCCCGAGAAGCCGGCGCGGCCCAGGCAGAUGGAUUGCUGGCCGAGCUCGACGCAGAGGCUGCUCAGGACGAGCUGGCUGUGACGGGGGCGGAUCCUUUGCUCCAGCGUCUUCUGGUCAUACAGACACGGAUGCUGGGGCAGCUGGCUGCUUCAAAACCGCAGGGGCCGCUCGAGAGUGCAUUGGCUUCCGGAGGGGGCAAAGAAGAAGGCAACUUGAAUGCGCGCGGCAGCGCGGCCAGGGAUGCAUUCGUCAAGAUCCUCAAGGACCACUCCCAGGUAGCAUCUCAGAUCCGCCGGCUGGUGGCCGAAGACGUGGGCGAGUCAGUCGAGGACCCGCCUCACAGCCUGAUGAGGCGCUACGUCGAAAGGAGGUGUCCUCUGGGAGACCAUCGAACGCUCGGGCUUAUCGGGACUUUUGCUGCUCAGGCCUGGCAGGCCUCGAGAGAGUCGGGCAACACCGAGUUCGAGGCGUGGAUGGCUCGAUUGAUCCUCUUCGUCGAUCAGGCCGGGACCGAAAGUGGCAAAACGCAGUUGGCCUGGUUGCUGACGGGGCUCCCGGAGCCGUCGUGGAGCACCAUGAUGCGAAAGAAGGCCGGCAUCAAGCCGUUCGCGAAAAGCUGUCCUUCCCUUUGGGCUUCGGCAAACCUGGCUUACCUGCGGGAGAUGGACUGGCUUGCGACCCGCAUGAACACGGGCCCUGGGUAUGCGAAGGAUCAGGGAAAGGACGGCGAGCCCGCCGAGGACGAUGCAGUUCCCGGGCGAUUUGUGGCCGGUCCCGAUGCCCAGCCGGGCUCGAUGGACGGCUCACUCCUUCUGCUCCCUCGGGCCACACCGCACUUUGUGGUUGACACGCUGGAGCGGCACUCCCUGCAUUUCCUGCGGGCCGGGCGCUUCAGUGCAUCUUCUUUGGGACGCAGUGCCGAAAAAUUCGACCUCCUGCUUCGCAUGGCCUUGGAACUGCCUCAGUGUGACACCCGUUGCCCUGUGGAUGUGGACCGCAUGCUCAGCCAAUUUGCUGCGGCUUCGGAAGAGGCCGGGGGUGGUGCUUCUGAAUCGGAGCACCGGCUUGGUCGCGAGCUCCGAGACACUGCUAUCUUCAAUGGUUCCGAACGUGCUUAUCCUUCCGUCGGGCUUGUGCAACACCCCCGCAAACGGCAAAGGAAUGUAGUGGCCGGGACUUUUCUCGGCGCUGACAUUGAUGGCUUGGCGGGCCUUGUGUCUGCCCCUCGGCACCACAUUGGAGUGCUUAUGAGGAUUACCUGCACUGUGGCUCGAAAGGGCUGCUGUUCGGCAGAUUUGUUGUCUUCGCUUUUGGGGCUCUGGAUCCACGUGCUUCUUUUCCGUCGCCUCGCUUUGGCGAUCUUGCAAGCUGUAUUCUCCGAUGCUCGCCGGGAGCCUCGGACUUCUGUGUUCCAGCUGCAGCGGGAAUCUAUCAACGAGCUCUUUGCUCUGUGCGCCUUGGCGCCUCUGCUGCAAGCCGACUUGCGGGUUGAUUACCCCGGCCUCUUGUUCUGCAUGGAUGCUUCGCCUACGGGUGCCGGCUUGUGCUCUGCUGUUCUGCCCAGUGCGACUGUGAAGGAGCUUUGGCGUUUUUCGGAGCAGAAGGGUUUUUACACCAAGUUGCUUGAGCCUGCUGGGGCUAUCCUUGCCAGCUCUGGUCUUGACGAUGACCCCGGCGUCAGCUUUGCUUCUGCUUUGGGCCCUGCUACGGCCUCUGGGUUCGCCUUUGGUUCCGAACCUUUGCCGCUCCGCCCGCCUUUGCUUAAAACUGCUGGCUACUUGCACCUGUUCGGGACUGACUCUGGUUGGCGUGAUGCUCAUGCGGCUGCUGGCCUUCAGCGGCUCUCGCUUGACGACGUCGGCCUUUCAGAGGAGCUGGGCUUUGCCGACUUAGCCUCGGAUUCGGUUUUUCACAGCUUGCGUGUGCUUCUUACGGAGGGCGCCUUGUUCGACCUUCAUGUGACGGCUCCUUCGCGUGCUUUUACGACUGGUGCCUCUUGCCUUGAGGUUGAUCCCUCGGCUGCACGGUUGGCUCGUCGGCUGUGCUUUCUGCUGUGUCUCGCUGCCUCUUCCGGCGUUUACUUCAGUGUCGAGCAGCCCCUUGAAAGCUGCCUGUUCCGCUUCCACUGCUUUCGGGCCCUUGUCGGCUUGGGUGCUGUACUUUCCCACUUUUGUACCUGCGACUUCGGCGCCCCUUUCAAGCGUGCCGUCGCUCUGUUCCACAACAAGCCCUGGCUUGUGGGGUUGGGCAGGUCCUCUGGUGUCUGCCAGUGCUCCGCCUCUUCGCCUCACUUCCCUGUUGUCGGCGUUUUCUCUGAAGCUAGCUUGCAGGCUUUUGAGUCGCGGUGCACUCCUUCUGCGUUGGCCCUUUUCGGCAAGUCGCCAGCCGUUGGCUUCGAAUCACGGCCUUUCCACGAUGACCCAGAGUGGAUUGGCGAGUUGGCAGACUGCUUGGAGUUCGUUGAGUUGUUGCGGUACAAAUUCGCAGCACCGGGGCACAUCAAUAUCCUUGAGUGCCGUGCCUACAAGACGUGGAUAAAGUGGUGUGCGCGGCGGCACCGCGGCUGUCGUUUGCUCGGUCUCAUCGACAGUCGCGUGCUUUUAGGUGCUGCCGCUAAGGGCCGCUCCGCCAGUGCUGCUGUGUGCCGGGUCCUGCGUUCCACUCUGCCUUACGUCCUCGGUUCUUCGCUGUACCCUGGGGGUCUCCACGUGUACUCUGCUAAGAACCGUGCUGACGGUCCUUCCAGAGGCAGCCGUCCUCUUGCACCUUCGAAAGCUUGGCCUUCUUGGCUCACUGCGUUGGUUUCGGGCGACGCUCGCCCUUUCGACUUGGUCUGUGCCUCUGCGGCCGUCCCCCGUCGCUUGGGUCGCUGGGUGCGCCUGUUCCUCUUGCUUGCUGGUGACGUCGAGCGGAACCCUGGCCCCAGGCACUCUGGUGCUCCCAGGGGCAGCCUUGACCUCGAAGCUGGCUUUGCUGUUUCGACCCGCCAUAAGAUGGCUAAGGCUUUGAGCGCUUUCACCACCUGGCUCCUUGCUGAGUUUGGUUUGUCGCUUACGGCAGUUACUUCUUCUGCCGCCACCGCUGCUCUUGCCUUGCGGGCUUUCGGUCUCCACCUUUACGCUGGCGGGCACCCUCGUUACCUGCUAGUGUAUGCAAUCACUUCUAUUCAGGAUCGCUUCCCAGAGUUUCGUUCUCACCUGUCUCCAGCCUGGCAGGUAGAUCGAAAAUGGCAGCUUGCUGAACCUGGCGAAUGCCGCCCCGUUAUCUCUCAACCUAUCCUCCAGGCUGCCAUCGGCCUUGCGAUCUGUUGGGGGUGGUAUGAUUGGGCCGCCGUCACUGCCGUCGGGUUUCUUUGCAUGCUCCAUCCCGCUGAGAUGAUCCCUUUGGUCCGCCAAGACCUUGUCUUCCCAGCCGACGCACUCACACGCGACCCGGUUGCUUAUGUUCACAUUCGCAACCCUAAAACACAGCGGUUUGCGCGUCGCCAGCACUCUCGGCUGGAAGACCCUUUGGUGCUCGAGUGGCUCCACGCCAUGUACUUCGACCUGCCUCUUCAUGCUCGCUUCUUUCGAGGAUCGAUGCAUGUGUACCGUCGUCAAUGGAAUGCACUGAUGGCGCGCCUCGGAGUUCCCCACCAGUUGGCGCAGCGCGGCGCAACGCCUGGUGUCUUGAGAGGCUCAGGGGCCACUUUCCUUUAUCUUGAGACGGAGGACUUGCCAUUGGUUGCAUGGAGAGGCCGGUGGAGCAAAACUGAGACUGUGGAGUUCUACUUGCAGGAGGUGGCGGCGCAGCUGAAGUUAGCGAUGGAAUCUGCUUGGGCAUUGCAGUUCACCUCGAAGCAAAAUGCUUCGCGCCCGGGAGACUUCGCAUCUGCAGGCGAAAAGGGGAAUCUGCUUGGGCAUUGCAGUGCCUCAGCGAGCCUUCGGUUCACCUCGAAGCAAAAUGCUUCGCGCCCGGGAGACUUCGUCGCGGAGGAGAUCAAGCUUCGGCGGCUCUACCUGCAGCACGAUGAGCUCUCGGAAGAGGGCACCGGCCAGGUCAUUGAGGCCGAGCCGCCGCCAGUUGCCGAUGCAUGCCGCCUUUUUGUGGCUGUGCAGACGAACAGCUCUCUGAUCGAGCUGAACCUGAGCUACGUGUGCCUGGACGGCGAUGGCAUCAUUGCUCUCGCGCAGGCAGCCAAGCAGAAUCAGACCCUGAAGAAGCUGAGCCUUGGGGGAACCAAAAUCUCGGAGGAAGCCGCUUUCGCCCUUCUUGAGGCGCACCGGGUAAGCGGAGUCCAGCUCGAUCUGACGAACAGCGAUUUGGGCAAGGCCGCCGUGGCAUUGGCCAAGGCGAAGGGUGCCGUCACCCACCCGGUGGUGGAGUUCUUGGUCGAGCUGGAGGACCAACAAAUCAAAAAGCUCAAGGAAGAGCAGAAGCUGGAGAUCUUCCCCAGAGGCGAUACCUUCAACUUCGAGCCGCUGUGCCGGGCCCUGCCGCAGCUCCCGCAGCUCCGAGAGCUGUGGGUUUAUCUCGGCGGCCUCCGCAGCACCUUCGGCGAUGGCGGGGCCCAGGCACUGGCCGCGGGCCUCAGCCGCCACGAAGAGAUGCGAGUGCUGAAGUUGGGCCUGAAUCGCACCUCCCUGGGCGACGAGGGCGCGAAGGCGCUGGCCACCGCCCUCGCGCUGCUCCAAAAGCUGAAGAAGCUGUAUUUGAGCCUGACCACCAACCAGAUCGGCCUUGCAGGCGCCGAAGCCGUGGUGCAGAGCUUGCACAAGCUGCGGCUCACAGAGCUCACGGUUGUGCUGAGUGAAAACAAGCUCGGCAAGGAGGAGCAGAAGAAGCUCCGGGCCGCCUUAAACGUGCUGCCCAUUGACGAGAAACACAUCACGAUUUGA